GUGAAGCAAUGCCAGGCUCAAUUGCAAGUGAUGCAGCUGUUGCUGCGGCAGUACAUGAUCACUUGCGCAGUCAUGCGGCCAACACAGAGUGCUUUUGGGAUACGGUCAGCCUUGUGGACAUGGCCAUGGACGCGUCAGCUGAGCAUGUCGUGGCUGAAUUUGCUCUUGACUCAUCUAUAGAUGAAGCAUUGGGCCUUCCGACGGAGCUCAUCUAUACUCGUUCGCACGAGCAUGCUGAGGCAGCCCCAGCAGCACUGGAAGAACUCGUGAAUGCAGUGGAAGGACCACUGAUUCAGGAGAGUGUGUGGCAAGCAGCAGUACAUCCCCAGGCUGCUCCCACACGCCCCUUAACUGAGGGGCUCUUCAAUGUUGUUGAUGGACAGGCCAGUGCUAAGGUGAAGAUGAGCAGCGCGAAUCACAGAAAUGCGGAAAUACAGGCAAAGAAGGACUGA